CAUAUUGUUGCCAUUAAGGGAGCUUCCUUUUUCCGUUUCAGGUUUUAAGCGACGCGAUGUCGACUGAGAGUCCAACGGACUCAACAAGUCUUGACCGUUCGAGCCUUUUGGAAAACGUCAUCAAUGGUGAUGGGGGUGUCUUCUCAGCGUCGUUGGAAAUUCGUCCUGCCAAGAAGAAACUUAAUCCUCUUCUGGAUCUGAUCGAGACUGAGAAAGUUUAUGUCGACCUAUUGGCCGCAGUCAUUCGCCGCGUCGCUUCAGCAUGGUCACGAUCGAACUUUCCUCCACGUCAACUAGACGCAAUGUUUCGCGCCGUCGAAAGCGUGUAUCGUGCUAAUCGGGGAUUGCUUUCUAAAUUGAAGGAAAUUGGACCAAAUCCAAGCUCGCCUAAAGCGCUGGGCGACUUGCUCAUGCGAUGGAUUGAUGAUCUCCAAGUCCCAUAUACUAAGUACUGCGAUGGAUUCGUCACUGGAUUUGAUGAAUGGGAACCCGUACAAUCGAACGCGAAUCUUCAUCCAGUACUUAUCGAAGUGUCUUCUACCGUCCCUCCCUCAUCCAUCUCAACAACGGCCGACGACACAUGGACUCUGGAUGCUUUGUUUUUGACCCCUGCCAAUCGAAUGAAAUAUUACAAGAAACUUUAUUCAAGGCUACUCAAAAGCACACAGCCAGGUCGAUCGGAUCACACGAUGCUUUUGAACGCGAAUGAGAGGCUUGUUCAACUUCUCGAACGGCUUAGCUCGCGGACCUCACUCAUUGUUGGUUCAGAGAAUGAAGCACCACUACCGCCACCUCCCCCUCCACAUGACAUCCCUCAGCUCGACUCACUAAAUCAUGCAAGUCCUGCUCACACUCCUGAGAGAGUGAUGAGUCCAGAUGUCAUUAGCCCGGUUAAUCCAAUUCUUUCAGGCACACUACCCAAUGGCGUUUCAUAUUCUGAGCGUGGGAGCACUCCCGGAAGUAGUUCAAGUGGUCGAAUGUCAAGAGAGGCAGGUGGUAGGGAUUCUCAAUUGUCUGCAAAGAUGUCGCAUAUGUCUGCUCCACCCAGUGCUCGUGCCUCCACCUCAACGUUGACAUCACCUAUUAUCGAUUUGGAGAGACGUCUGUCGACCGAUAGAGUUAUAGACAUAUUCACCAUGACCCCAAAGAAAUGCCGACUUCAAAUGGCUUCGCCUAAUCUGCCCUUUACCCGAAGAUUGCGGUUUUCCGUGAAUGUCGUUGUCUCCUUUGUACCUCGGUCGACGGGGAAGGAAGUUGUACAUCCACACGCUCAUAUCUUUCUUCUGACCGAUUUGUUCUUGGUAUGUGACCGCAUGACUGAGGAAGAGCGCAAUGCAUCCGGAAAUGAUAGCUUCGACAUGUGGCUUUCCUAUCCGCCGCUAUCUGCUAGGCACCUUACAGCAGUCGACCCUUCACCUUCAGGUUUGGCAGUGGAGGUACAGAUCAUGCGUAAGGAGACACUGUUCAUUCAGGCGGAGUCUCCUCAAGCAAAGGAAAUGAUGUUGCGGGAACUGCGUGAAGCUCGCGAGGAACUUCUUUCGCACGUACCUCCUCGAUUAGCCACGGUUGGUGACCGACCAUUACCAUUUGAUCCCUCAAGAGGCCCUCCUCCCUCAGCUCCUCUCGUCCCUACUCGGAGUUUCGGUGCUGUGGGAUUCAAUGGGCAGGUGCCACCACACAUGCAACCACCCCCUAUGCUAGGGCCUCUGCGAGUAACUUCGGACUCCCCGAUGCCUCCACCACCCUUAGAGCCUCCUCGUCCUCAAUUCGGGCGGCUUACGGCGGGGUCAGAUCCAAAUCUUCCAGGUGGUGGACAGAUUCGUGCUAUAACGGAUCCCAUUCGACCAAACACUUCCGACCAUCGUCCUUCUGUGCCCCCUUCUGCUUUUGCGGGUGACCCAAGUCUGCAGAAGGAAGGGCCUCCGGCCACGUUCUCGCAAGGGACUGGGAGAACAAGUUUCCAGAGCAGCGAUCAGUCCCACUUCCCACCACCUCCACCCCCUUUGGCGUCGGCUCCUCUGGUUCCGCCUCCCCGUGGCUUAUCAAAAUCGCCUUCAACACCUUCUUUUCACACUGCGCGCAAUACUCCGUUUGAUACCCCCGUCCCUCCAUUGCCUCGUAUACAGCCAAAUAAUGAUUUUAAUAAUUGGCUACCUGCCAUGCCGCCGAAUCAGUCGUUGCAUCUGGGCGGCAGACCAGACACGUCAAUGUUACCUGGAACGUCAAUAGAGAGAAGUUUCAGGUCCUCCCAUGCCCCCCCACCACCACCUUCUUUACUUCAAACUGGAGUUUCCCAAAACCAAGUCGCGGAUCAAGACAGUCCUCCUUCGUCCCCUGACGAAGAUAAAAAGAACGAUAUUCCCACCACCUCAAUCAUUACAGCACAAAUGAAAUGCAAGGUUUUCCUCAAGCAGAGUCAUCAGCAAUGGAAAUCUCUUGGUGCCGCUGAUUUAUUAUUAUAUGAGCAGCGGCCUACCAACGCUAAGCAGCUAGUCGUUUCUGCUGCAAAUAAAUCGAAGACGUUACUGAUUUCGACGAUUGUCCUGAUGGAUGCCGUAGAACGCGUUGGGAAAACUGGCGUGGCGAUCGAAUUAAGCGAUAAAGGGGAACGAACGGGGAUCGUUUACAUGAUCCAACUCAAAAGUGAAACUUCUGCUACUGGAUUUUUUGGGACGCUGCUUGCUGGGUCGGAUCGGUCUAGGGCUCGAUAAAUACAAUUGCUAUCAUGAUGACGCGCGCGGUGCAGUGCCGCCAAUUCCUUAGGAGUUAUUCACGCCCCGCCCAUCCCUUUCGUUUCCCCCUCGAAUUAUGAUGAUACUAUUUACUGGUGGCCAACUUGUUGCGCAAUGGACAACGGACCUUUUGCCUUCUCAUUCCUCCCUUUUU